GUACGAGGUGGCUCCAGAUGAGAAGAGGAAGGAGUGCGGCCAGGAACUCAUUGACAAAUACUUCAACCCAAAGUCGGAGGAAUGCGUGCCCGAGGUGGAGGAGGCCAUGAUGGCUCAAUGCACCGAGAGGCUGCAGCAGGAGGCCUGCAAAGAGCUCUUCAAGGACUGUACCAAAUUGAUCCACGACUACCUGAGCAUGGCGCCCUUCGCCGACUACCUCGACAGCAUGUACUACAACAGGUUCCUGCAGUGGAAGUGGCUGGAGAGGCAGCCGGUGACAAAAAACACCUUCCGACAGUACAGAGUUUUAGGGAAAGGAGGCUUUGGAGAGGUGUGUGCGUGUCAGGUACGUGCCACGGGGAAAAUGUACGCCUGUAAGAAACUGGAGAAGAAGAGGAUAAAGAAGAGGAAAGGAGAGUCCAUGGCGCUCAACGAGAAACAGAUCCUGGAGAAAGUCAACAGCAGAUUCGUGGUGAGCCUAGCGUACGCCUACGAGACGAAGGACGCCCUGUGCCUCGUGUUGACCCUCAUGAACGGCGGAGACCUCAAGUUCCACAUCUACCACAUGGGCGAGGCGGGUUUCGACGAGAAGAGAGCCGUCUUCUACGCCGCCGAGAUCUGCUGCGGGCUGGAGGACCUGCACCGAGAACGCAUCGUCUACAGAGAUCUCAAACCAGAGAACAUCCUGCUGGACGACCACGGCCACAUCAGGAUAUCAGACCUGGGUUUAGCGGUCCAUGUACCAGAGGGACAGACCAUAAAGGGACGGGUGGGGACAGUGGGGUACAUGGCUCCGGAGGUGGUGAAAAACGAGCGCUACACCUUCAGCCCCGACUGGUGGGCGUUGGGCUGCCUGCUGUACGAGAUGAUCGAGGGCCAGUCCCCCUUCCAGCAGAGGAAGAAGAAGAUCAAGAGGGAGGAAGUGGAGCGGCUGGUGAGGGACGUGGAGGAGGAAUACACCAGCAAGUUCUCCGAGGAUGCCAAGUCCCUCUGCAAAAUGCUAUUGGCCAAAGACCCCGCAGACAGGCUGGGCAGCCAGGGGGGCGGAGCCACGGAGGUCAAAGCCCACGCCAUCUUCCGCUCAAUCAACUUCAAACGCCUGGAGGCCGGCAUGCUGCAGGCGCCCUUCGUACCCGAUCCGCAGGCCAUCUACUGUAAGGACGUGCUGGACAUCGAGCAGUUCUCCACCGUGAAAGGCGUGGAGCUGGAGCCGAAAGACGAGUCCUUCUACAGCAAAGUGUCCACGGGCAGCGUCUCCAUUCCCUGGCAGGACGAGAUGAUCGAGACGGAGUGCUUCACCGAGCUGAAUGUCUUCCACCAGGACGGAGCGGUUCCUCCGGACCUGGACUGGAGGGGACAGCCGUCUCCUCCGCCCAAACAGGGACUCCUGCAGCGGCUGUUUGGCCGACAGGACUGCUGUGGUAACUGCAGUGACAGUGACGAGGAGCCCACCCGGCUGUGACACACACACACACAAGAUCCCAUUUGUUUACAACUUUUGCACAUUUGUAUUUUUAAGCAUAGUACUAUCUCUAAAUGUCAGAAUGUAUAUUUUCAGCAUAGCCAUAAUGUUUUUAAUGUUAUUUAAGAAGUCGUGAGAUAUAGACUGCCGACGCGCUCCAGACGAGGGGACGGGACCCUACAGACGAUGAACAUAUGUUUCUCUUCUUAUUGUUUUGUUGAUUUCUCUUGUCCAGGGAAGGCUUUGCUUUGAUAUUGAUCCACUUAACAAAAGUCCAUGGAACUGAUCUGGGAGCUGCCUCUGGCCACUGGGCAGCUCCACUAUGGGACUAUAACCUGCUGUAAAAGUGCCUUGCUGGAGGGCACUGUGACAGUGGGAACUGAGGGAGGUCAAAGCACUCCUCAAACUCUUUACCUGUCCCUGCUUUCUUCAGGAAGUAAAACCAGUGACUUUCAGCUCAAUAACUGUGACCACAUGUCUUCAUACUGCUGUGAACCAACCUCCACCGCUCUUCUUCUACUUCAUUUUCUUCUAUUUAAGUCUUUCAAAAGUGUGAUUUGCUUUUAUUGGUCGAACAUUAUGGGGUUCAGAGUGAAGUCGUCUACAUCUGCAGAUAUUUUUUAUAUCGUUAGUAUUGUCGUUUUUAAUUUUUUCAGACAAACUGAGUAGUUCAGUGCGGCUCCAGCGACUCUUGUCAGUUCUGUCAGAUUUUACACCACCUUCGUGGGUUCAGUGAGUCAUUUUCACGCUCUGAUUAAUCACGCUGCUUUUACCAACGUGCUUGUGUUAUUUUUCGGAGAUUUUUCCUUUUUUUUAAACCCAAUGAACGACUCCCACUGUGAGCCCUAUCUUGUGUCUUUGCUGGUUUAGAUCAACACCGACGCAGUCGCAAAUGUCCCGUCCAGCGCCCGCGUCAUUUAAAUAGCAAAUGCACCUGCGCCCGUCUGUGGUGUGUUCAGGGACAUUCUGGGCGUGAUGCUAUCUUGAGGCGGCGGGAAGCGAUCACUCCAUUUACCAACAAAAACCUGGUCUAAAGUCGAUGAGAGUUUUUCGCGGCUGACGUGGCUCAGUUGCUGAUUUUCAGGUGAAUGUUAAUGUUAUAACGGCUGCAUUUAAACCCGGGGAAACAUCCUUCCAUUGGCCCUCAUGCAGCAACGUCCCCUUUACUUCCUCUUAUAUUUUCCUGUUGAGAGGACACAUAAGAGAAGUCAUCUCCCGAUGCACUUAACGAGCCAAAACUGCUCCUACCCAGGGGUCCUGAUGAAUCCCACUUGAUCAUAAUUGUUUAUUAGCACAGGUAACACCCCCUAAGAGCAGCAACAAAAAACAAAAAAGUGCAGAAACGCCACAAAUAAAAGGCUGUGAGAAGAACUGCAGCAGCUGUGAAAUGUUAAAUAAACAGACACAAAGUGAGAUUUUUCAGAGCUUCAGUACUAGCA